AGAGAUAAUCAAUCUGGAGAGAACAGAUGUUUAAACGAUAUUUCAAUUUUCUUAACAUACUUUUCUACGGUUCAAUGAAGAAGCUGAUAAAAGUUAUUGAUUAAUAAAUUUAUAAAAAAUGGGACAGCCGAGUGAUGCAGAAAGAGUAAUAUUUUGGACAAAGUGGAGAUUGAUGUCAUGGUACAGCGCUGCUUUAAAUCAAGGUUCAAAAGUUGGUUGUUACACCUCAAAAAGAUUGAUUAUCAGUCUUUGUAUAGCAGGAUUAAUUGUGCUUGCUGCAUUCAAUGUUCUAUCAGGUGCACCAACUAGUAAACAAAUGCAGGAUAAAGCUCUCAUACGAAAAUCAGAAAUAGAUCAGGAGGUGCUUGAAGCACUGGGACUAUCUCCUGUACCCGGAGAUCAGGAGGUCCCAGGAGCAGAUGAAUUACCUCCUGUACCUAGAUACAAGGAUUCAGGAGUUCUUAAACCACCUGGAAACAAGGUUCAGGAUAAUCAGGAAAAAGAAAGAGAUAAAUCCCUUCAAGAGUUGAUUGAAGAAGAAAUGCAGGAAAAUAUCAAGAAAGGACCAGUGGGACAGCCUGCAGAUAUCGCUAGGAUGAAAGACAAGUUUGCUGAUGAUCAUCUUCUUCAUAGAAAGAAGAGAAGAGAGAAUUUAGAACUAAUACAGGAAGAGAAGAAAGAAAAUCAGGAAAAAAGUGGAGAAAAAGAAAAGAAUGUUGAUUCAAUUAAACUUACCAAGAGCUUUGUCACAUUAGAAGAAAAAAAGAAAUUGUUAUCUGAGAAAAAAGAAGAUGAAGAUGAUGAGGAAGAGCAUGAUUUAAGUAAAAAAAAUAUCCCCAAGGUCAAGGAGAAGAUUAAUCAAAUUAAGAAGAACUUCAAAACGUCCGAUGAGGAAACAGUACUACAACCUUUGGAUGAGAACCCUGAUGUCAAGAUAUCAGAUAUAAAUGAUGCUAUGAAGAAUUCUGAUAUCAAGUUGUCAAAUAUAGAUGAUACUUUGGAGAACCCUGAUGUCAAGUUGUCAAAUAUAGAUGAUACUAUGAAGAACCCUGAUGUCAAGUUGUCAAAUAUAAAUGAUACUAUGAAGAACCCUGAUGCCAAGUUGUCAAACAUAGAUGAAACUAUGAAGAACCCUGAUGUCAAGUUGUCAAAUAUAGAUGAUACUUUGAAGAACCCUGAUGUCAAGUUGUCAAAUAUAGAUGAUACUAUGAAGAACCCUGAUAUCAAGUUGUCAAAUAAAGGUGAUGAUGUUGAGCAGAAUGAAUGAAAACUGAUAUCAACUUAUAUCCUUACCCUUACACUGUCAAAACUCAACUCAAAAAAAAUCUACUACAUGUUUUGUUUGCCGUCUAUAAGCCGUCUUAAGUUAAUGGUGCAAAUGCUACAGGAUAGAAUCCUGGUUAAUAUUUAAUCCUGUAGAAAAAGUUAUUAUUAAAAAAACAGUAACAUACUGCUAAUGUAGGAAAACUAAUUCUAUUUUGAAAUGAAAGGGACCGCUCUCAAAAAAUAAAAGGGGGUACAAGCUGAUCUCGAAUUGAAUUCGGUUUUGAUCGUCAUUUUAUGUCAAUCCGUUGCGUAUAUAAUUAAGGAGAAAAUGGUUUAAAACCACCUUUCAUUUUUCGCGAACACUCCCUUGAAAUAGUAUAGUCUGUAAAAAAAUAUUAAAUUUAGCUCCACCUAAAUCAUAUCAAUUCAUAUAUUUUCUGCAGUAAUAAUAAAAUAAUAAAUCAUAACAGUUAUUAACCUAACAUCAGUAUAUUAAAAAAUGUAAAAUUACUGCAGAGCAGGAGAGCUUUAUUACGGUGGUGGCGAUAGUAUCAAUAUAAUGAAGACGACUUUUU